ACAUCAAAAUAGUACCUAGCUAUAUUCUGCCUCUGCAUUGAAAAAUGGUCAAAGUUAACAGUAAUUAUGAGAGUACACAAAACUUGAAGACCAGCUCAGAAGAAAUGCUGCCCUGCUUUCACACAGAUGUUGAUGAUUCAGCUGAUUAGGCAGGAAGUCAAUAAAGUGCUUCAGCUCCACAGCAUUCUGGAUCGUUCAGUCAUGGUGACUCAUCUGUACCUCGGUGUGAUGCUUCUGGCUGGUUUUGCAGCAACUGUUGCAAAUGCAGAUAUCAAAGUAGACUGUAGGAAAGACUCUGUGAACGUCACAUGGAGGAUCCCUCCGGAGUUGGUGCCAUAUGCAUCUCGAUUCUUCCUCGGAAGCUGCAUGUCGUCUAACUUUGAAGUUCUGCCCAAUGGACAGGGGGAGGCCACGUUCAACUACCAGCUUGAUGACUGCAAGAUUAAGAAACUGCUGAAAGGAAAACGCAUCAUCUAUCAAACUGAAAUGACUUACAGGCCACAGGCAAAGUCAAAACCUGCAGCGUUUAUGUAUCCCAUCAAAUGUGUCUAUAAAAGACCUGAGGGCUGGGUUCCACCUUUCUUGAACCCUGGAUCAGGUCUUUCCGAAGGCCGCAGUGGGCUUGUCUUCCACAUGGCACUGCUCAACGAGCAAAUGACCGGCAUAGCCAAGACAAACAUCAUCACUCUGGGCUCAUUCAUGCCGAUAUGGGCAGCGGUGGAACAGAAAUCCCAUCAGCCACUGCUGCUGCUCAUGGAGGAAUGUGUUGCUGCCACCACAGCAGAGCUGCAGUAUGGCAGCCAGGUUUACCCUCUGAUCAGCAAUAAGGGAUGUCUUUUGGAAAGCGUCAGCGGAAACUCCAAGUUUUUGCCUCGAUAUCACACUUCAGCAAUCAUUCUCUACCUACAGUCCUUCAAGUUCGGUCUCGGAGAGGAGGUCUACAUCCACUGUAAACUGGUUGCAUGGGAUCCUGAACAUCUUGAUGAAACCAAAAAAGCUUGCCAUUUUGUAAAGGAGAAUGUAAGUUGGGAGCUACUCGAUGACCCACUUCAGAGUUCCCUCUGCAGCUGCUGUGAAUCAACCUGCAAGUCUCGCUCCAAAAGAGGAGUUCACUGGGCAUCUGGCAGCUUGAGUCACAACUCUGUGGUGGGGCCCCUCAUCAUAGUGGAAAGAUCUGACUUGAAGGCCAACAGCACAUCAGCGGGUUCUGUUUCUGCAGCUGACGUUCAGGUGUAAAUAUGUGUUUUUGGUCGUACAUGUUUAAAGUUUGUGUUGCACUGGACAUGAGAUGAAGUUUUGGGUUUUUAUCUUCACAGGAAAUGUUAAGUCCAAGCUGAUGGACUCUUCACCAGUAUCAAACUAUAUAUGAUCUCUCAAUAAA